GCGGCUGCUGCGCGUGCUCGGCAUGCACAUUGCUGGAGGGCUGCUGAAGUGGAAGAGUAGUACGUGUGUCCUGCGCCAGCCCCGAGGUGAACCAAGGAAAUUUGACCCAAAGUUCAGAGGACCUAUUCAUAACAGGCACUGUACAGACACUGUUUGCUGUGUGAUCUUCAUAGUCGUCAUUCUGGGUUACAUUGCGUUAGGAGUUGUGGCUUGGGUGCACGGCGACCCCAGGAAAGUGAUUUAUCCGACUGACAGCUAUGGGCAGUUCUGUGGUCAGAAAGACACCAUCAAUGAGAACAAGACCAUUUUGUUUUACUUUAACAUUCUGAAAUGUGCCAGCCCCGUAGUGUUAAUAAACCUACAGUGCCCUACAACACAGCUUUGUGUCUCAAAGUGCCCAGACAGGUUUGCAACCUACAUUGAUGUUCAGGCUUCCUACAGAUACAAACCAGAUCAGUGGAAUUACUUCAAGCAGUUCUGCAAACCUGGUUUUAACAAUCCUCGCAAGUCUGUUGCUCAAGUUCUACGUGAUGAAGAUUGUCCUUCGAUGAUCAUUCCAAGCAGGCCUUUUCUUAAGAGAUGCUUCCCAGACUUCUCCACAAAGAAUGGUGUGCUAACCGUGGCAAAUCAGACUACGUUCAGAGAUGGAAGAGGAAAAACAAGAAAUGUAACUGAUCUCAGGGAAGCUGCAAAUGGCAUCAAUAGUGUCCUGGAUGCAAGAUCAGUUGGAGUGAAAAUUUUUGAAGACUAUGCCAUUUCUUGGUAUUGGAUUUUAAUUGGGCUGUUCAUUGCAAUGAUUGUGAGUCUGCUCUUCCUUGUGUUAUUGAGGUUCACGGCUGGGGUUCUCUUCUGGAUUUUCAUCUUUGGUGUGAUUGGAAUUAUAGGUUACGGCAUCUGGCAUUGUUACUGGGAGUAUGAUCAUCUUAAAGGAAUACCUGGAUCUGACCUCACUGUUUAUGAUAUUGGAUUCCAGACAGACUUCAGAGUUUACCUGCAACUGAGGCAAACGUGGUUAGCAUUUAUGAUACUACUUUGUAUUGUUGAGGUCAUAAUUAUACUGAUGCUGAUCUUCCUAAGGAAUCGGAUCCGGAUUGCUAUUGCACUGUUGAAGGAAGGUAGUAGGGCUAUUGGCUAUAUAAUGUCUACAUUGUUCUACCCGAUCGUCACCUUCAUACUCAUUGCCAUUUGUAUUUCCUACUGGGCUGUGACAGCUGUUUUUCUGGCUACAUCAGGAGAACCUGUGUAUAAAGUAAUGGCUAAUCAAACACUGUGCAAGUAUGCAAACCUGACUUGUGACCCAGAGACUUUUAACAAAACCAACGUGACUAAAUUGUGUCCAGGUGCUCAGUGUACUUUUGCUUUUUACGGAGGAGAAAGCCUGUACCAUAAGUACAUCUUCAUCUUCCAGUUAGCCAACGCCUUUGUCUUUCUAUGGCUGGUGAACUUUGCGAUUGCGCUGGGUCAGUGUACCCUCGCCGGUGCCUUUGCCUCCUAUUACUGGGCCUCUCGAAAACCAGCCGAUAUUCCACUGUGGCCGCUCUUUUCCUCCUUCGGACGAGCAAUACGCUAUCAUACAGGUUCGCUGGCAUUUGGAGCCUUAAUUCUUGCAAUUGUCCAGCUUAUUAGAGUAAUACUGGAGUACUUGGAUCACAAACUGAAAGGUACACAGAACUCCUUCACUAGAUUUCUACUCUGCUGCCUCAAAUGCUGUUUCUGGUGUUUGGAAAAAUUCUUAAAAUUUAUAAACAGAAAUGCCUACAUCAUGAUUGCCAUAUAUGGUAAAAACUUCUGCACGUCAGCGAAGGAAGCAUUCUUUUUGCUCAUGCGGAAUGUGGUGAGAGUUGCAGUUCUGGACAAAGUUACAGAUUUCCUUUUAUUCCUGGGGAAAAUUCUGGUUGCUGGUGGUGUAGGUGUCCUUGCAUUCUUUUUCUUCACACAGAGAAUUCCCAUCUUUGCGCAGGAAGCCCCAGCCUUGAAUUACUACUGGGUACCGCUGUUGACGGUCAUAAUUGGCUCCUACCUGGUUGCACAUGGGUUCUUCAGCGUCUAUGCAAUGUGUGUCGACACGCUUUUCCUCUGCUUUUGUGAAGACCUGGAAAGAAAUGAUGGAUCUACAGCAAAACCCUACUUCAUGUCAGCUAGCCUUCACCGAAUUCUAGGGAAGAAGGAACUAAGCCCUAAGAAGGCAGUGGGAUAAGACACUAAACCUCAACGUCAAAACAGUGUCACAUUUAAGCAAAACGUGUAUAAAGUAGGCAAAAGUAAAAAACUGUAAAUGAUGCUUCUGGUUAAUGGGUGAUUUUUUUUUUUCAUUUUGCUUAUAUCUAAAAAAAAUGAGCAACAUUGGUAACAUUUAACUAGUUUAAAUGCUUGAACUAACAGCUGUGAAAACAAGGCCACGUUUUAGUUUAUAGAGUGCCUAUGAAAAGGAAAAUGUAAAUUUGAAGCUUUUUUAAGCCUAUAAUGAUGUUUUAAUAACUUUUGUAACACAAGUUGCUGCCUUAGAUGACAGCAGUUUUGAUAAUGUUUCUUUUUAUAAGUGUAUAUUUGUAAAAGAAAUUCAGGCGAUUUUUUGAAAGCACUAACAUAUAACCUAAUUAGCCAUAAAAAAGAUAGUUUGGGACUCUCUAGUUAACCAGGAGAUGGUACUAAAUUUGUAAAUAUGGUGCUAUGAUUGUAUUUUUUUGUACAAGCUGGUUCACAGCUGUUUAAACUGUGAUUAUACAUGCAUUAAUGAUUCCCUACGCUGAAAAAUGUAGUGAUAUUUUAAUCACAUCCACAACUGCAUCUUUUAAGAAAUGGUGGUACCUGCAGGUCCCAAAGGAGGUGGUCAGAGAAGACAAUAGUUGAUUCCGCUUAAAGUGACGUUUUCUGUGAGUUGUGCUUAAAAGAUGAUGUAACUGAGAGAAGGUCCCACUGCACUUGAAGUGAUUUGUGGCUCACACAAAUGAGGUUUCAUCUGGUACAAGAUGGUGAAUGUAUUGUUUUUAGCUGAUGUCUAAGCAAGAUGCACUUGUGUUAAUAUCCCCCUGUCUCUAACGAGUCUCUGAUUGUGUUCCACAUUACGAGGAAGUUGAGCUUCAUUGAAAAGAAAACCAAAUGCAGUCUUUUUUUUUCCUUGGAAGAAAGUCUUGGCCAUACAUGUGCACAAGGAAUGCCUCUUCGAGCUCGGAAGGGCUUCUUAGUGAGCCAUGGAAGUGGCCAUGUGGGUCUGGGGGCCAGCUCUGCUCCUUCUGCGGGUCUCCAGGCUCUUGGUGGCUCACACAGAAAGUUGUUAAGACAUUGAACUUGAGUCUUCUCAUGAUACAGGAUUUAGCUACUGAAAGAUGCUCCUAACAAUUUAGUUUGCUUUUUGAUUAUUGAGUUUGCCUGGUCAUUAGUACAUAAACUAUUGGUAGAAACCACAUUAACCUUCUGUUUGGUUUUGCUCCCAGCAGCAGCGCUGUCGCUGAGGUUAGGAGCAGCUCUGCUCAUGGGGAAGCUCUUACACCGGACUGCUUCUCACGUCCGGUCUGUCGUGAGCUGAGCUAAAAAGGUUUUAAUUUAUUAAUCUCAUGGCUGCCCAAGGACCCAGUCUUAUUGGGGCCUGCCCCUGGUGUUGGUGGGUUCCACCACACGGAGGGAGGUGCUCCGUGAUUGCCCACUUCCCGGAGCGGCACCUGCCAUCCCUCUGCCAGGCUGCUGCAGGAGCUCCUCCCGGCCCCAGGAGUCCCUAGCUGUCACAAACAGAAAGGUAAAUUAUUUUCCGGGUGAUUUGAAUGCAAGUUUUUGAGGAAAAUUUACUGGCAAUGCACAUGCCAAGGUGAUUUUGCUCUCUAGCUUGUGGCUCCAGUUUGUGGCAAUUGCACUACAGAGGCCACGGGUCUGGGGUCACCUGGGUGCAGAGGGGGUUACCACCCUCACGCUUGCCGUCAUGGGCAUGGUGGGAUCUCGAAGCCCUGGGAGCUGAGGCAGAGGUAGCAGGACACUGCGACCCAGCUGGCCCUGCAGCCCCUUCCCUGAGGCAGAAAGGAGCGGUUCGGUUUAGGACCCGAGUAACGUAAAAUAAGGGUGUGCAGUUUGAUGGACCCCUCUUGAGAUAGCCCAGAGGAAACCCAACUUUCAGAAAGGGCUGAGAAACCCACCUUCAGAAGAAUUCAGACUCUUGGCUAAUGAAGUAUUUCGUUGUUGUCAUCCUUCUCUUCUCGUUAUGGGCAUGGCAUUGAAGAUACAGCCCCCUCGUUGCUCUAAUCUCUUCUGAGAGUUCUGGGGGUUUGUGUCACCAUUCUGUGAUCAAAAAGGCUGCUGGUCUGAUUACAGUCCCUGUGCUAAAGCUUUUUUUUCUUUCUUUUUAAUACUACUGUGUGAUUAUUUGCAGUUAAAGAGACUGCAUUAAGUAAUCUGUAUUUCUACUGGACUUGAGUGUCUUUCUGGGAGCUCAACUGAAAAAGUGUAUUUCUGAACACAGCGUGCUUUUUUUAUCAUAUGAAUGUAACCAUAGAGUUUACUAGGAAUAACACAUAAUAGAAAUAGUAUACAGUUAUUUGAUUAGAAGACUUUUGUAACAAACCUAUGCAUUUACUAAAGGCAUUUCUAAAAGUGAAAGUUUUAAAUUGUAUUAUUAUUUAUAUACAGUAAAUAUAUAUAUGUAUAAAUUUGCUCCACUCACUAUUUUGUGAAAUUAUUUAGAAUGUAAGUGAUCAUCAUUUCUGAGAAGAAAAUUUAAAAGCCAUUUUCUUAAUGACAUAAUUAUGAGAACUGUGAAAAUAUGAAGCAAUACCAUGUAGAUUUUGUAAUCAAUAAAUUGAACAAAUAAAUCAAAAUGAUUUAAUAUUAAAAUUGGCCUUUCAAAAAUAAAUUGCUAUUAAUUAAUUAAGUAGAAAUUAAUGCAAGUAUUUACUUGGGAAAGAAUCACUUAAAAUAUUUUAGGACUAACUUGCUGUAACGGAUCCAAACUCCUCCUUACACCAGAGUAGCAGCGUUUAUGGAUUUGGACAUUUACUUUGUUGCUUGGUUUAGUAUAAAAUUUAAAAUUCCAUUCUUGGCUGUAGAGAGCGGGACACGCGGCCGUGUCUGCCACGCCGUGUGUGCUUUGCUGCUGAGCCCGUGGGGCUGGGGGGAGGCUCCCCCCCCUUCCCCCGCGCAGGCGGGAUGAGGGGCCGGGGGUGUUGGAGGGGCAGGGAGGGGAUGCAGGAGCUGAGGGUCGGCAGGGCAGGGGGCUCUGCGGAGAGACCCUUCUCCUGAGAGAAGGAACUCUGCAGAGGAUCCCGACCGCACAGGCUGUAGAACCCCAGGAGCAGCAGCAAACACCCGCUAUCACAAUGCAUCACCUUUGGUUUGUUCUGCUUGGGUUCAUGGUGUGUCCCUACGGCAUGUUAAUGGAUGGCUUUCAUUUACAUGUUUUAGACCAAAGUUUUAAUGUCGAGCCUUCAAAUUUUGUAAAAAAACCAAACAAAAAAAAAAAAAAAAAAAAAAAAAAAAAAAAAAAAGAGUGACCCCCAGAAACACAGAAACAAAACAAAGAAAAAGAAAGAUGGGAUAAUUUCUUAUGCUGAGGGUUGGGUUUUUUCCCAAGUAUUAUUCAGCAACUGAUGGAUGCUGAAUAGUCUUUUAAACACUGGGAUUUAAAAGUGUGAAGUAUUUUACUGUUGUGUGUUCUGCUGUAGAGCAGGAAAAAAGAUUUUGGCGGACACAGUGUUAAGCUGAUGCUGGGACAGUCAGUAAGUGUUCUUCUAAAACACGGGUUGUCAGAGAAGUGAUUGCGAAGAAUAAACUGGCUGUUUCUGGAAACGUAGAAUGUCUCCCUUUGACCCGCUGCUCCGCCUGACAAAGUGCCUUACUGGCUGCCAGUGUACCUGGCUUAUGCUUUGAAGUUUGUUCACACCGUGUAGAGUAUAAAACAGAAAAGGCUAGAUAGGAAAAGCUACACUCUCUUUAUUUCAAAUCAGCUAAUGUAAAAUGAAUUGUAUGUCGGAUGUGUUUGACCCACGUAACGCAGCGCACACCAUUUCCCUCUUGUCAGAUGCUGAAAGUGGUCGGUGUGCUCCGGGGGAAAACGUGACGAUUGUGGUGUUGCAAAUAACUAAAUGAAAGCAAUGCAAGACUGUUUCAUUUUUAGUAGUAGAUUUUUUUUAUGGCUUUAAGUUAUGGCGUAGUGAACUUCUGCGUACGGCCUGUUCUGCUUUCAGUGACAAUGAUCAAACUUAUUGUACCUGUGUAACUGAGGGAAAACAGGGCCCUUGCUACUUAAAACAGAAGGAAAAAGGCUAGCAAAUAACAUGGUAUGUUACUGUAAUACAUCUGUUUGCAUGUCCAUAAGCAUAAAGUUCAUUCUUCGUUUCAAAACUGAUAAUUUGCUAUUCUGGAAGUGUUUUAUACAUUAUUUUAAAUUUUUUAACUUUUGAUACAGGCAAUGAUUUUCGAGGUAAUAUGUAAUUUGUACUGCGCUGUAAUCAAAUUAGAAAGAUAACUGGUUCUUCAUGUUUAAGUAACCCUAGUGCUACUAAUAUUAAAAUAGUCUGUUAUCCUAUGCUAUAAAAAGUCCACAUGUAUUUGUCCCAAAUAAUGAGUUCUGAAAUCACAAAAAAGGCUCUUAAAGGUUUAAGAAAUGGAAGGGAGGUUACUGUUUCAUUAAUGUGAUUAUUAAGGUUAUAUUAUUGUCUUGCCAAAACCAAAUUAACAUGAGCACCACCGUUUGAGCUCUAAAACCUGUUUGCUUCUGCUAUGCAGAAAUAGGAACAUAUUGUUUAAAUAUCUUUGAUAACUAAAGUGUUUAAUAUUUAAUUUUGUUGUUACUUCACUGUUUUGCAGCUCUUGGGGAUUGUUCUAAUAAAGAUUUCGAUACCAAA